AUGACUACGCCUCUUAUCGCUGAAAUUAUGCUAUUCUGUCUUGUUCUUGGUGAUGUAGUUGAAAAUGCAUUCGUAAUCGAUAUCAGAGAAGAUAAGACUAUCUCACAUCUAAAAAAAUUAAUUAAAGAGAAAAAAGAUACUUUUCAAAAUGUUGAUGCUAAUGACCUCGUGCUCUGGAAAAUUUCUUGUAUUUCUAUCAAUGAAAAAAACAUAAAAAUUAAAAUACGAACUGAUAUCGAUAUUGAAAAAAAACUUGGGGGUAUGAAAUUGUUUCCAUCCGACACUAUAAGGCAACAUUUUCACAAUUUAGAUAGCAAAGACAUUCGAAUCAUCAUACUACCACCUACUACUGCAUCACUUUCCAUAGAAAGUAUAAUCAACGCUGGGUUAAAAAUUAAAAAAGCAAAUGAUCGUCUUGUAACUAUGUACAAGUACGUAGAAAGACCACAUAUAAGACGUUUCAUUCAAGAUCGACUACAAAGUAACAUAGCUGCUUUUAGGAGAGGGAGUUAUCGUCCAAAUGAUUACCAAGGAAUCAGUAUUUCUGGUGGCUCCGGUACUGGAAAAACUCGUCUCGGAUUUGAAGUAAUAAACAUGAUCGAUUUAGAAAAAAUAGAAAAUUUUGAUAUCAAAACUAUUCAUAUAUUUGCUCAAAUUAGUUAUUACACUGUUGAUUUUGGAAAAAGACCUGAGCUUGAUCAAACUACCAAACGUUAUCCUCAUAUAUCAGAACAUGUAAAACUUGUGAGUCAAUAUUUAGCAUUAGCGAUUUCUACAUACUGGUUUACAAAUAAUUAUAAGCUAGAGUCUUUAUCAGAUUUCAAAAGUCUUGCGAAAAGUUCCGCUAUUAAUUUACAAACAGUUUUAUUAGCAAUUCGGUAUUCCUGUCAAAUGCCCGAACAAUCCAAACUUUUGAUACUCUUACAACUUGACGAAUAUCAACGUGACCAAUACUUAUUAACAGUGAUUUUGCGUUUUAUCUCCACGCUUGUUUCUGAUGAAGAUAUUAAACGGCUUAACGUUUUAAUUGUGCCCAUUUGUACUGGUACAGCACCAACUAAAAUUGAAGAAUCAGGUGAUCUAAGCGUAACUGAUUAUAAAAUUUAUGACAUACAUGUGUCGCCCAUGGAUAUGAAAGCAUCACUUGACUUUAUAGAUUCGGUUAUAGAAUAUAGAACAAACAAUUUCAAUCCAAUCUCACGUGAAAAUCUAUUAUAUCAAAUCUUAGUCGGUGCUGUUCGAGGAAUUGCAAUUAUUAUGGAGGAGUGCGCUAUUAAGAUUAUAAGUAUGAAAGUUUCCUUUACUUCAGCAGAACAAGUCAAGGAAAUUUGGAAAAUGCUAGUUGAUUGGUUAAAGGCAAGGUAUACACUUAAUGAUUGGUUAGAUAGUAUUGGAGGGAAAAAACAUUCCGAAGAUAAUGAAGUCAAACGUAAACAUGCCGUAUUGAACUUGUUAUUUUUGAUACAUACUCAAAAGUUAAUCACUAAAGACACUGCUUUGAAUAAUAGUACUUUAGGGGACCACGAAGUUGGAGGUCUUAUUUUUUUAGAGGCAAUUGAUAGCACUUAUUAUAAAGCCAAAGCUCCUCUAGUACUAAUAGCUUCUUUGGUUUCACACUUGAAAUUAGAUUUCUUUGACGAUAUUGUUUUAGACCCAUUUAGCCGACUUGAUGAAGAUACCUUCCCAUUAUUCAUUAUAAAAAUGCAUCUAAUUACAUACAGAUUAGCAGAAAUGAUUGGAAUCCGUAGUAUUACAAUCAAAGAAAUUUAUUUUGGCUACAUAAUGGCAUCAGAAGAAAUAUUAUUCAAGGCAAUUGAUAUUCAUCAUGUGCAAUAUAAAGCUGUGCCCGCCUUGGAAGUGAGAAAAAAUGUUCAUAAACAUCCUUUCAAAUAUAACAAUUUAACAAAUCGUAAGGAAGUUUUAGUUGUUGCUGAUACCAAUAGCAACAGGACAGAAAUUAUAGAUAUAACAACAGGUCAUUAUUUUGUUAUGACUCAAAAACGUGGUAAGUCAGCUGAUGCUUUGACACCUCAUGGAGAUGAGCAGUAUAAAUUCAGUGCUGUUAUAGCAUCGGGUCAUUCUGUACAUAAAACAUCAAUAGGUGAGAUUGAUUUAGAGGAGUUUAAAACAGAAUUAGAAAAGGCAUAUGGUUGUGAAUGCUUUGUCUUAAUUACUAUAAAGCGAUUUUUACAUGGAGUUAAUGAACUUCCUCCCAAAACUGGCAUCGUAUUUGGAGAUUUGCUCCUAGGUUUUAUGGGAAUAUACGGAGAUUUAACUAAAUUUAUUGCAUUACCCUAA